AUGGCCUCGUCCCUCUCCGCGCAGUUGUCGCAGAUUGCGGCAAAGUCGACCAACCAACUGAAUCUGAAAGCGCAGAGAAUCUCGCAUUCGCAAUCCCUGAUUUUCGACCGGAAAGUUGCUGGAUCUCAGGAUUUUGAAACGAUCUACCAAAUAUGCUACGAAGGCUUCCAGGAGCUAUGCACUCUCGAACCACGAUUUGCGGAGUUCGACCGCACGAUUUUCAGCGAGCAAAGCAAGGCCGAAGAUCGAACAGAGAUGAACGUUGCUCAGAAUAAGGAACUUGACGCAGCUAUAGAGGCUUUUCUUGCCCUUGUUGGAGGGAGAUUAUUACUGAGCCCUGCCAUCAAAGCUGUUGACUGGCUUGUGAGACGAUUCCGAGCUCACGAAUAUAAUACCGCUUUUAUCCUUCUUACAUUUCUUCCGUAUCAUACCACUCCUCUGUUUUUGAAUCUACUUUCAAUUCUUCCCGACGAUCUGACUCCGACUUUCAAAGUGCUGAACCCGUACAAGAGGGGCUCGAUGAACCCGCCUCGCCAUCCCCUUGUGCAUAGUGCAACUACCAACAAGCCUUUCUUCGCCGCUUUGAACAACUAUGUCCUUCAGGUUAGUCGGCAAAAGGCACACCACCAUGCGCUUUUGUCCUUCUGGGCCGGAAUCGUGACGGAAUCUGUGGCAGGAAUGCUGGACUCAACACGCUCAGGCCGACGAAGUGUCGAGAAAGAAAAGCACGAAGACAUUUUGCUCCGGGUGCUUCCGGUUUUGAACGAUGGUUUCGCGAUGAAGAAGGUUUCGGAACUGGUCAUUGGCUGCUACAUGGUUGCCGUCGUCCUGGCACAGAAAGCUUCCCUUCAGGACAAUGUUCUUGAUGGUUUGAUGGAGGCUGUUGUAGGAUCUUGGACAGAGGAGACAGCAAGCUCUGGUCUGAUAUGCCUGUCAGUUCUGGCACAACAGAAGCCGGAGACGACAAUCCCAAAGAAGGUUUUCAAGGCCAUCCUUCGAUUGGAAGACCUAGUUCAGCAAUUGUCUGAAAUUUCUACACAGUACCCGACGUCCCAUUUAUUACUUGGCCUUGUGGCUGGGUGCCUCGAUGAUCUCCACAGGCAAAAGGACAACGCACAUCUUGAUUUGCUAUCCCUCGUGUUCGAAAACCAGCUUCUGGCGGAACCUGAUAUGAGCAAAGGAAUGGCUAUGGUCAUUCAUGCUGCCAGCAAUGCCAAUAAGAAUGGCGCAAUGCCUUUGGACGUUCAGACACAUAUUGCGGACUUGGUCCAGGAGUUUAGCCGAUCAGACUCUCUGCAACCCAUUUUCCAGAAGACCCUUGCCGAGUCAUCUGUCGACGUUUCCGCCUUGGAGCACAACUUGCAAACGGUAAUCGAGUCUCUUCCUGCGCCUCCUGCUAUCGAGGACGUGGAAAUGGAAGAUGCGGAGAAGGAAGAUGAGCUGGACAACUUUACACCUGCUCUGGAAUCUUUGGCCGGAAAAGGCCUGUUCGAAAAGUCAUUCCUUAGCAAACAGUCUAUCGGUGUUUUCGAUAACCUUGUUCAAACUUUUGCUCUGGCUACUGGAUCACAGGAUAAAGUUGAUUCUUUCAUCAACCUGCCAAUCCUGGGUAAGGACAACGCGACAAAGAGCCCGCAAUUUCUAUCGUUCUUUACCAGAGUUCUUUCUGGUCCAUACCCCCCUGCCACAAGGGUUGCCGCGCUUAGCACAAUCUACUCUGUGCUCAGUUCAAACUCUGAUGUCGAUAUUGAUUUCCAAGCAAUUUUGCCAUUCUUGAUCGUUGCCCUCUCCGAUCCGUCAGAGCGGAUUCGUCGGGAGACUGCAGGUGUUUUGGCGGUUAUUGGCAAGCUUUACAAAAAGAGCAAGAAAGACGACAGCCCAUCAGAGAAGCUUUGGGCUUCUGAGGCGCUCUAUGGCCAGGAAAAGCAAUCGAAGAACAUCAACUGGCUCUCCGGUCGUGACGCGCAGAAGAUCUUCGAACGGGCGUUGCUUCCAGGACUGGAAGAAUAUAUCCUCGACCCUGGCCACAUCGGUCGAGUAUUGGAAAACACACUUCGAGGAACCUCGGCCACUGAGGGUUCGACUGAACUGAAGAAGUCUGUCCGCCUGAACCUCUUUACCUUCCUCUGCUCUCAUGUUGUUCACAUGCCUCUUUUUGCUCCUAAAGUUGGCCUAUUGAAGAUCCUCAACCGUAUCGACAAGAGCGGUGGAACCACACGCACCAAGGAGCUCCAACCUCUCUUGGCCUUGUGGCGCCAGGUGGGCGAAAAGGAGGCCAAGGAAACUUGUGAAAGUGAACGCCUCUCCGUCUCCGACGUGGAACAGCAAAUCGUUUCGAUUGUCACUCCCAAGGAGAAAGAAGCUAUUACUUUGCUCUUGUCUAAUGUCAGCCCUGCUUCUGAGUCGUUGCGACCUUCGUUUGUGGCAGCGAUUUUCGGUCGUAUGAGAGAAGUUUGGGCCGCUGUUCCCGAAGAGCGACAGGUCGCUGCUUCAGAGAAACUACUGGACAUUUCCCUUGGACUUUCGGCCGCUGAUAUGCCAUUGGCCAGCAGCUGCAGAGAUCUUCUCCGUGUUGUCGAGCUCCCAGGACCUGUUCUGUUCCAUUUCCUUCAGAAGAUCCCCGUCUCUCUUACUGACAUGGAAGCCCUCGGACCCGCACCAAAGCGGAGACGUACGAGUCAGAACAACAUGGUUGCGAUGACUGUCAAGGACGAAGCAGGUCUCAGCAAACUCAUGGAGAAGAUGACCUUUAUCCUCGAACUUGUCGAUAGCUCAACACCAGAGGCCCAUCCGGAGCUGGCUGAUGGGCUGUUCCAGACCCUCGCUGCCCUUCAGCACUUCAAGUCUCAGAUCCAGUCCGGAAUGAGCUAUCUGCUCAGCUUGACCCUAGGCAGUCUCCUCGCCAUUAUCAACCGGUCGAAACAGAGUGCCAAGCCUCAGUUUGACACCUCUGUUAUCCGGGCUGACUUGGUGGUUGAUUGCGUUCGGACCACGGAGAGCCCUCAAGUGCAAAACGCAGCCCUUCUGCUGGUGGCAGGACUUUCUAUCAUCGCACCUGAAUUGGUUCUUCACAGUGUGAUGCCGAUUUUUACCUUCAUGGGUUCCAGUGUCCUCAGAAAGGAUGACGACUACUCUGUGUCGGUGAUUGACCAGACAAUUGACCAGGUGGUCCCAGCCCUUAUCCAAUCGUUGCGCAACCAAAAGCGUGAUAUUGUUUCUGGAACAUCAGAGUUGCUUCUCAGCUUCACUGCUGCCUUCGAACACAUUCCUUCUCAUCGUCGCCUGCGUCUGUUCCAUGCUUUGAUCACAAAGCUUGGAGCACAGGAUUUCUUGUUUGCUGUUCUUGCCAUGCUCGCAAACAGGUAUUCUAUGGAAAAGGAUGUUUUGGCCUUGAUGACUGGCUUGGUUUCCGACACCAGCUCGAUAGUCGAACUUAUUACAUACAGCAAAUAUUUGGAUCUUGUGAGCGACUCGCUCAAAGCUAAGCCCGGCAUGUCACAAGUUCUGCUUGGGAUCGGAAGCGAUGAUGGACGUGAGCCCCAGAAGGUUGCGAUUGACCUGCUGCGAGCAUUGGCCCAUUUGUUCAAGCACUCAUCCAUCAAGUCGAAAAUGGCCGAUGACUUUGCUUCAGAGGAUGAGGAAGUACCUACACAAAUCCGUACUCUUUUCUCUCGGAUUUUGGAGCAAGUUUUGGCCAUUGGUGAAGCUACGCAAAACAUCAAACCUGUCAACCAGGCCAGUGGUGAUGUUCUCAGCUCAUUGUUCGGCACUCUCUCGCUCAUCGAUUUCCUGGAUACCAUUGAGGUAUUGCUCCAGCGACCGAAUGAUGAAUUACGGCGCAAGGUUCUUCGACUAUUGGAAGGCCGUCUGCGCCAGAAUCCUGAACGUGAUGGUGCGUCGCAGGUUAGGAUGCUGGAUUUCUUGCCUACGCUGGUUCGCAUUGUCGAGUCAUCGCCAGACACUCUUCUCAAGCAUGCCGCCGUGUCCUGCAUCGACCGCAUCGCCGACAAGUAUGGCAGAAAGGACCCCUCCAAGGUUAUUCCUGCCGCCAUUGUUGUUGCUAGUGAAUCCUGCAUUGGCCAGGAAGAUGACCGCAUUCGCAUCAUGGGUGUGUUGUGUCUUGCAUCCAUGGCGGAGGUGCUCGGACAGUCGAUGAUUCCCGCGCUUCCCCCCACUCUGAAUCGGUCGCUGAACUUGCUCGAAUUGAGUCUUGAGGAUGGCAAGGAGAACACCAGACUUCACGAUGCUGUUUAUUCCCUGUUCUCUGCCCUCUUCACCCACCUUCCCUUCAUGAUUUCCGCAUCUCAUUUGGACAAGGUUCUCCGUCUUUCUUUCAAGUCCGCUACAUCUGAGAUUGAUGAGAGUGGUGAUGAGAACAGACAAGACACGCUGAAACUUAUGGCCAGAAAGAUUGACAUUAGCUCGACUUUCGGUGCAGUUGAUCGCAACUGGCAGCAUGUUGUUGAGGCAGGACCGGAAGCUACCAAGGAGAUAAUUGAAGUUGUCAGCGUCGCCGUUGAAAAGCACCCCAAGUCUGCUGUCAUGAAGAGCAUCACUCUCCUGACAAACAUCCUUUUCAAGGCAUUCGAUCUGCGCCGGCAACAAGUUUCACUUGGAGCACAGGCCAUUUUCGACUACUCCGAUCUCGAUGAGAUUGAAGCGGCCGUUAAUGACGUAGCCAUUAAGAUGAUUUACAAGCUUAAUGACACCACCUUCCGUCCCAUCUUCACUAAAAUGCUCGAAUGGGCCACUAAUGGCUUACCAAAGAAGGAUACCCAAGGCAACUUGUCGCGUCUGACGACGUUUUACAAGUUCUUGGAAGUGUUCUUUGGUACCCUUCAGUCAAUUGUCACUGGCUAUGCAAGCUACAUCACCGAUAAUGUUGUUUCCGUCCUUGGAAAGGCCAGUCCCUCUAACAAGGACUCCAAGCAUCUUUGGUUGGCGACCCUGCGCAUGCUUCGCAAUACAUUUGAGCACGACCAAGAUGAAUUCUGGCAAUCACCCUCCCACCUGACCCUGAUUUCCAAACCCCUUAUCUCUCAGCUUGCCCACGCCACCAACACCCCGUCGGCCACUCUUGUUAUCACCGAAGCUAUCCCUGCUAUUACAGAGCUUGCUGUCGCAGCGGACUCAACAGACAACCACAAGGAACUGAACACCGCCCUGAUGAAGUUCCUUCGUCCAUCCACCGGGCCCAACGCCAAGUCCGCAGGAGGCGACAACCCGCACACUCGACUUGCCGCAUUAAAGACCGAGCAAGCCCUCACCGAAGCCCUUGGCGAGGAAUGGCUUGCCCUUCUUCCUGAAAUGCUUCCUUACAUCAGCGAGUUGAUGGAGGAUGAAGACGAGAAUGUUGAAAGGGAGGUCAGGAAAUGGGUUAAGCAGAUCGAAAACGUCCUGGGAGAGAAACUGGAUGACAUGUUAACUUAG